GGCGUACGCGUGCUCAGUGCGCAGGCGUGCGGCCGGGGUAGCCGCGAGUCGCCAGCUGAGAGACGCGGCGGACGUCUGAGGCGCCGAGCUGAGGGAGGAUGGAGCCGCUCAAGGUGGAAAAGUUCGCGACCGCGGAUCGGGGAAACGGGCUGCGUGCCUUGGCUCCGCUGCGCCCCGGGGAGUUGCUGUUUCGCUCCGACCCCCUGGCAUACACGGUGUGCAAGGGGAGUCGUGGCGUCGUCUGCGACCGCUGCCUACUCGGGAAGGAAAAGCUGAUGCGAUGUUCUCAAUGCCGAGUUGCCAAAUACUGCAGUGCCAAGUGUCAGAAAAAAGGUUGGCAGGACCACAAGCGGGAAUGCAAAUGCCUCAGAAGCUGCAAACCCAGGUACCCUCCCGACUCCGUGCGCCUCCUCAGCAGAGUCGUCUUCAGACUUAUGGAAGAAACACCUUCGGAAUCGGAGAAGCUAUACUCAUUUUAUGAUCUGGAGUCAAAUGUUAGCAAACUGACUGAAGAUAAGAAAGAGGGCCUCAGGCAGCUUGCAUUGACGUUCCAGCAUUUCCUGAGAGAAGAAAUUCAGGAUGGUUCUCAGCUCCCACCUUCCUUUGAUGUGUUCGAAGCCUUUGCAAAAUAAACUGAGGAAGAUCUUUACAAAUACAUGAAGACAAGGUUUCAUCCUGCCAGUGUUCCAGGUAGUUUGGGAUUCAUGAAAGAAGCGUUUCAAAAGGAAGAUGGCCACCGUUUAGAAGGGCAGUGACUCAGCAUUGAAUCCCGCAGUGAGAAACCCACUGACGCCAUUUUUAUUAUUCAAGUGGACUCAAAUUAUGAAAAUUUUGAAAUUGAGUGAUUAUGCUGUUGGUGUUUUUACUGAAAUGGUGAGUUAUAUUGCUCCUGAUGCAAAGCCAAGUUACUCUUUAAGUCACUUGUGUCCAAAUCAGCGUGUUAGGUCACCAGCCUCACAAUCUGCUGGUGUGGCGUAUAGUGUUUCAGGAGGAGCUGCAAAGUCAGUAAAUUAGGAUUUGGCAAACUUUACGGUGUCCUGUAACUAAACUGUCCAGAAUGAGGAAGAGGGCCAUCAAAACAGUCUUUAUCUGAGCAAAAGUUCACUUUAAUGAAUCCGUUGUAGAGCGUAAUUUUAUAUUACUAUACCUUAAGAGUGGUGCACAAAUUUAAUUUUGGGAGUGCUUACACCCUAGUAAAUUAGAGGUGAAGGACUAUUUUUAUGUGUGAGGUUUGUUCUCAUACUCAUUGUAUUAAGGCCACUGAAAAGCCCUGUCUGGGCUGGAGGAGUGGCUCAAGUGGUACAGCACCUGCCUAUCAAGUGUAAGGCCCUGAGUUCAAACCUCAGUACCACCUACCCUCCCUCCAAAAUAAGUCAUAUAUGUUUGUGGUUCUAUCAUGUUAUUGAAGUAAUACAGUUUAGAAUAUAGAAUAUAAUUUUAUUCAUUUCAAACAUUAAAAUAGAAAAAAUAUAUUCAUCCCUGUUUUAAAGCUUUUUUUGUUUAAAGGAAUAUAAUGCACAGUUGCAGAGAAGUUUGAAAAUAUAUCUUGUUGACUGUUUUCAUCUCAAUCUCCAUUUCUGAUUUGUAAUGAAGAUAGGAGCAGAGCUAUGUUUUGUGGUGACACAAAACACACAUAGCCACCUGUCGUCUGAGUAGCCCGCUCACCAUCCAGCUGCAGCUGGUUUCAGUCCUAUGCUAGUGAGAACUAGGGUAGUUUGCCUUGGGUCAGGACUGGGUGCUGCCAUGAGAUACAGGAGCUGAUGAUGAGGCAAGCUGGGUUCCACAUCCAGAGACCAUUACAGUUGAAAUCAUAGGACCAGCUCAUGUCGUAUACUUUAAAGAAAGGCAUCUCCAUGUAGUUUUGUUUCUUUUUGUUUGUUUUUUUGGUGGUACUGGGGUUUGAAUUCAGCUCUACCACUUGAGCCACUCCACCAGCUUGAGUCUUACAUUAGACUUUCUAAUUAGGAAUUCUGUGGACAUUAAUAAAAAGUCCAAUUUCAGUUAGAAAUUUUCUUCUUGAUACAUUCAAACUUAUUCCUCAGAUGGCUUUAUUUCCAUUCUUGUCCCUCUUAAAUAUUCAUUUGAAUGCAUUUCUGAGGAAGGUAUCCCUUAUCUGUGUAUUAUAAAAAGCAGUCUGACUUGACCAUUAAUUUUUCCUAACGUAGUAAAGUGUGAAAUUACUAUGACCCCUAGUUUUUUAAGUUAAAAGGAUGAUUUUUGUUACAUUGAAGAUAAUGAGGAAGCUCUUAUCCUAAGCCUUGUGCUGAAAUGAGGUUUCUGUAAUUCUAUUAAAUUUUUGUUGAAUGCAACAUUGUUCUGGCAGCAAUUUUGCAUCUUCUUGUAAAGUUUUAGAGUCAAAUGUGAAACAGAAUCUGUAACCGUUGUUUCACUAAAUGGAGCCUGUGUUUCUCAAAAAGCAGGGUGAACCUCUUUGGAUUCGGUGAUGAUUACUGUGAGAUUGGGCACGUGUUCUCACCUCAGCUCGAGGCAGCCUCAGGGAGCAUGCUUUCUAGAAAGGGGCGCUCCUCACCCUGCACGAUUGAUCACUCGUGUCAGACUUUGGCCUGAUUCCUCUGCAUGCCGCAGGGAUGCAGGAUCACACAGUACUCUCUGGAGGUCCACGUGAGCAGCAGCAGGGCUGCUCUGAACUGUGGGGCCCAGGAACAUAAGACAUCACAACAAAGACCAAAGUUUCACAUUUCUUUGGCAGUUUUUAAAAGCAAAUAAGCAAGCAAGCAAGCAUGGAAGACACAGCCCAUGGAGAUCUAUCUAUCGCAAGGCUGUUCCUAAUAACUAGGAGUUUAUUAAUUUGUAGUUUAUGACUCAAAGGCAACAGCACAAGGACAUUAAGUUCAGGCUUAGCAUCACAGAUUUCUGCAGAGCUGGUACAUCAUGCCACUUUCCAGUGGUGGAGUUGGGGUGACUUGC